GAAGGUUACUUUAAAUCUGUACUAACAUUAGCUCCACGACGGCGAUAGAAUCAAACCGUCGUUGUCCUCCGAAUCAAGCAAACUCCGAUCCCUCACCGUGGCUCCGGAUAUUUUACGGCGGUUGUUCCCGGCUCGGACUCGAAGAGCUGUCCCGAUUCUCCCUUUGACCAGGCUGGAGAUGAACCUUUUCCGGUUCUGCUCCGGUCUGAAAGUCCUCGGCUAUUUCAUGAUCCUUCUCGUCGUCGCCGUCGUUGGUGUAUCUUACUACGCCGUCGUAGUUAGCACAUGGUGGCCGGUCUUGAUCCGGAGCGACCAUGGAGCUUUAUCUGCCCUCGCUGCCUUAAUCAUCUUUGUUUUCCAUUUCCUGCUGAUUAUGUUGCUGUGGAGCUACUUCACAACUGUUUUUACGGACCCAGGUUCUGUUCCCGAGUAUUUCAGAAGAGAAAUGGGAGGUGGUGACAGUUUGGAGGCUGGUACUUCGACAGAUCAAGGAGCUUUUGGCUCUUUAGGUUAUUGUACCAAAUGCCGGAAUGUUAAGCCGCCUCGUUGCCAUCAUUGUUCUGUGUGUCAAAGAUGUGUUCUCAAGAUGGAUCAUCAUUGUGUAUGGAUUGUAAACUGUGUUGGAGCACGCAAUUACAAGUUUUUCCUUCUCUUUCUGUUCUAUACUUUUCUUGAGACAAUGUUGGACGUUAUAGUCCUGCUUCCUAGCUUCAUUGAAUUCUUCAGCCAAGCUAUAAAGCAUUCUUCUUCUCCGGGUAAACUGGCCUCCCUCGUUCUGGCAUUUGUUCUUAACUUAGCGUUCGUUCUCAGCCUUCUUUGUUUCGUAGUCAUGCACCUUUCUCUUCUCUCAUCCAACACUACUUCAGUUGAGAUGCAUGAGAAAAAUGGAGAAGUCAGAUGGAAAUAUGACUUGGGAAAGAAGAAAAACUUCGAGGAGGUUUUUGGGAAGAAGAAGGCGUUUUGGCUCCUCCCAUUGUACUCUAAAGACGAUCUCGAUAACAUGACUUCCCUUCAAGGCCUUGAAUUUCCAACUCGUUCUGACAUCGACCCUUGAUUGAAACAGAAUCAAUCAAUCAUUGUCGA